AUGGAAUUGGAUUCGGAGAACAAGUUGUUGAAGACGGGUUUGGGUAUAGUGGCGACACUUGUUGUAGCCAAACUCAUCUUCUCCUUCUUCACUUCUGGCUCCAAGAAGAAGCGUCUUCCUCCGACUCUUAAAGCUUGGCCUCCGUUGAUCGGAAGCCUUCUCCGAUUCCUGAAAGGCCCGAUCAUUAUGCUCAGAGAGGAAUACCCAAAGCUUGGAAGUGUUUUCACUGUGAAUCUUCUCCACAAAAAGAUCACUUUUCUCAUUGGUCCUGAAGUCUCUGCACAUUUUUUCAAAGCUCCUGAAUCUGAUCUCAGCCAGCAGGAAGUGUAUCAAUUCAAUGUUCCUACUUUUGGCCCUGGAGUUGUCUUCGACGUCGACUAUUCCGUUCGUCAAGAGCAGUUUAGGUUCUUCACUGAGGCACUCAGAGUCAACAAGUUGAAGGGUUAUGUGGAUAUGAUGGUUACUGAAGCUGAGGAUUACUUUUCGAAAUGGGGAGAGAGUGGUGAAGUUGAUCUAAAGGAUGAGCUAGAGCGUCUCAUCAUCUUGACUGCAAGUAGAUGUUUACUGGGUCGAGAAGUUCGAGACCAGCUUUUCGAUGACGUCUCUGCUUUGUUCCAUGACCUUGACAAUGGAAUGCUUCCCAUCAGUGUUCUCUUCCCAUACCUCCCACUCCCAGCUCACCGUCGCCGUGACCGUGCCCGUGAGAAGCUCGCUGAGAUUUUCUCCAAAAUCAUAGGGUCGAGAAAACGGUCAGGAAAAUCAGAGAACGACAUGUUACAGUGUUUCAUCGAAUCGAAGUACAAGGACGGUAGACAGACGACCGAAUCCGAAGUCACUGGCCUGCUCAUCGCCGCUCUGUUUGCAGGACAACACACGAGCUCCAUCACUUCCACGUGGACCGGUGCUUAUCUGAUGAAAUACAAAGACUACUUCUCAGCUGCUUUGGAUGAGCAGAAGAGGCUGAUUGAGAAACACGGAGACAAGAUCGAUCACGAUAUCUUGUCAGAGAUGGAUGUUCUCUUCCGCUGCAUCAAGGAAGCGUUGAGGCUUCACCCUCCAUUGAUCAUGCUCAUGAGAGCCUCUCACAGUGAUUUCAACGUGACAGCCCGGGAUGGGAAAACGUACGACAUCCCAAAGGGUCACAUCGUCGCGACCUCCCCUGCGUUUGCCAACCGCUUGCCGCAUGUAUUCAAAAACCCGGACACGUACGACCCUGAUAGAUUCUCGCCGGGGAGAGAAGAGGACAAAGCCGCAGGAGCGUUUUCGUACAUUUCGUUCGGUGGAGGUAGGCACGGGUGUCUUGGGGAGCCGUUCGCUUACCUGCAGAUCAAAGCCAUAUGGAGUCAUUUGUUGAGGAACUUUGAGUUUGAGCUGGUUUCACCGUUCCCUGAGAUCGACUGGAACGCUAUGGUGGUUGGCGUUAAAGGGAAAGUGAUGGUGCGUUACAAGCGGCGCCAACUGGUUUAA